AUGGAGGUUCGUUUUGCUGAAAACAAAAAGGCGCAGCAGCAACAGAAUCCUUCGGUUGGAGGCAAUCGCUUGCUCUUAGGAGGAGGAACAAGACCUCCUAAUACGUCGGGGUGGCUUGAAUACGUUUCCCCAGAAGGACGACCUUAUUACUACUCCAUCCAAACAGGGCAUACACAGUGGGAGCGCCCCGUCGAAUUAGAUGCUGUUGCGCCGCUGGUACAUGCCCCCCACCACCCGAAUGUGGUUCCAGGAGGAGUAGGCGCGCAAACGCACGGACCGCCUGGUGCGAACGUCUUUAUAUUUCAUAUUCCGAACGACUGGAGCGAGCACGAUCUCGUCGCCAGCUUCUCUCCUUUCGGGCAAAUAGUCAGUGCUAGGAUCGCGACGGACAAAGGGACUGGUCGAAGGCUUGGCUUUGGCUUUGUAAGCUUCAGCACCAUCGAGUCCUCAGUCCAAGCUGUUAUUCGCUUGAACGGAUUCUCUGUUUCGGGAAAACGGCUGAAGGUGACCAUCAAGCGUGGUGAGGAGGAGUAUGCUGCACCAUUCCUACCAGCUGGAUUUGGGAGUCAGAUGAAUAGCCCUCCUCCUCGAAACUCUCAGCAGCUGAUGAGCAACAGUCAAGCAGCUCUUCAGCCUUCUCAGAACCCCUCGAACCAGUUUGAUCGAACGACGUCCCGACGCUCACGACUCCCUUUCACGAAUACGGGGAUGACGAUGCAGAUGGGACAUCAAAUGGCCACUACGUCACAACCCGCUCAGAGAUACAGCGUCCCAAACUAUCACGGUCCACCAAAAUACUUUCAGUAA